AUGGAUCGGUCGCAAUCAGAGAGCCUCUUUACCGAUUCUUCUGCGUCUUUUGAGGAGGUUCCAGUGCAACCAGAAGAUGUUGAGGUACUCAAGAGAAACCAACAGGAAUCACGAGAGAAGAUUAACUCAAUCGAAGGUCUUCCCCAUCAUCUCCGAGAUAUUUUUCAUACUGUUUCAAAUCAGCAUUUUGAAGCGAGAAUCAAUCAGUCGCAGCAAGCCGAGCGACUUUUGGUUCUAAAUCGCCAAAAUCAACAAUUUUCGAUCGAGAACCGAAAGUUGAAAACCGCUCUUGAGGAAACAAAGCAAAGCUUGGCGACAGCAACCGUCGAUCGAGAUCAUUUUUCUCGACGAAAAGACGAGUACAAAGCGGAGCUGGCGAAGAUGGAGAGAGAAGUUGAUGAAUACAAAGAAGAAGUCAACGCUACUUUCGAACAGCAAAACUUGAACCUUGAAGCCAUGGAAGCCGACUUGAUAAAAUUCAAGGAGAAAGCCGAAAGACUGGAGCAAGAAAACAAUAAACUCAAUCGAAAAAUCGCUCAAUUCAAUGCCCAAGUUGCUCAAAUGCACAAUCUGACCAUUCAAGCAGACGAUGAUCUCUAA